AAGUAGCUUGGAGCACCUACAAUUAUAAUAUUAAUGAUAAAUAAAAUGAUUACUUUUGACCAAUCGCGACCGACUUGAUCCAACAGCCGUAGCUCCAAGCCCCGCCCACCCGGCAUCGGCAUUCAUACUCAUUUGUCACUCCACCCGCUUGUUGUAUUUCUAAAACAGCUGUGAGUGUUACUGGACUGAACGAUCAACCUUGAUCCAAACUUUCUCACUCAGAACUCAUCUCAUCCAUUACACUCAUGUUUUGAUAGUUGCGGAAUGGAGAUGGAAUCUAGAGCUUUGUAUUCGCCUAGGCAUCCAAUGCUGAAGAAGCAGGAUGAUUUUGAAGACAUUCUGGAGGAGAGGCGACGUUCCAGUGAUCUGCGAUACGCACUGAGAUGCUACACUCCCACACUCUAUAGAGGACUAGUGCCCUGCAAAGCCAGCAUGCUGAAAAGCAUCGUUCUGCAGUCGGACCACCUGCAGUAUGUCAUUAAACAGGUUUCAUCAGAAUCAGGAGACAGCAGCGAGUGUGUUGCGGAAGAAGCGUCUCUUAUUCUUGAUGAGAUGGCUCACCGUCUGCAGCUCAGCACUAUUCGUUUCUUUGCCUUUACGCUCAGCAAAGCCUUCAAGAGGCUCUUCCGCAGCGUGUGUGUCAAUGAAGAAGGCAUCCAGAGACUCCAGCAGGCUGUACAGGAACACCCGGUGGUUCUCCUUCCCAGCCACCGUAGUUACAUGGACUUCCUGAUGAUGUCCUACCUCCUCUACACAUAUGACCUUCCACUGCCUGUGAUCGCAGCUGGAAUGGAUUUCAUGAGCAUGAAGUUUGUUGGUGAGAUGCUGCGCAUGUCGGGAGCUUUUUUCAUCCGUCGGUCGUUUGGCGGUGAUAAACUUUACUGGGCUGUGUUCUCCGAGUAUGUGAAGACCAUGCUGAGGAAUGGAUAUGCCCCGAUUGAGUUCUUCUUAGAAGGAACUAGAAGCAGGACAUGCAAAUCUCUCACACCAAAGACGGGGUUGUUGAAUAUUGUGAUGGAGCCUUUUUUUAAAGGAGAGCUGUUUGAUGUGAACCUGGUUCCUGUCAGCAUCAGCUAUGAGAGAAUUCUGGAAGAAUCUCUGUACGCCCGUGAGCUGCUCGGCAUCCCGAAGCCCAAAGAAUCAACCUCAGGUCUGUUGAAGGCCCGGCGGGUCUUGAGUGAGGACUAUGGCAGUAUGUAUGUGUAUUUUGGUCAUCCUGUAUCUGUACGCAGUCUGGCAGAGGGGAAAAUUAACCGCUCUCAGUACAACCUGCUGCCCAGGUAUAUUCCUCAGAAACCCAGUGCAGACACUCAUGAGUUUCUGAACGACGCUGCGUUCCGACUGGUGCGCAUCCAGGAGGAAAACAUGGUUCUGAAGCCCUGGGUUCUCAUCGCCACACUACUGCUACAGAACCCUGAUGGCCUGGACCUCUCCUCUCUCGCAGAACAGACAGACUGGCUCAGACACCUGGCACUGGCAUUUGGAGCAUUCUUGGACUGGCCUGAUGAUGAGGCCUGCAGUGAAGUCAUCAGCUGUAGUUUAGCUCUGCACAGACACCUGUUGAGUGUGUCUGCAGGCCACGUUCAGCUGAGCGUCACGGAUGCGCCCCAGGUCGAGACCACACCAGAGGAAGACGUGUUUCACCGAGCGGUAGUUGUGCUUUCCUGCGCCUCCUACAGGAACCAGAUCCUACACGUGUUUCUGAGACCUGCUCUGUUAGCAGUGGCCAUGCAAAGUGCCAACUCCAACAGAAAAGAUGACGUAUACAACAGUUUCAACUUUCUGAGAAACAUGUUCUCCAAUGAAUUUAUUCUUUGCCCUGGGGACUCAGUUCAGGACUUUGAAGAAGCGUGUUAUUUGCUCAUGAAGCGUGGAGUGUUGCAGGUAUUGGAGCAUGAGAUUGUGAUGUCAGCGAGCGGUCACAGCACCCUCGCUUUCCUGUCUUCGGUUCUGGACCCAUUCCUGCAGGGAUACCAGGUGGUGUGCCGCUAUCUGUGUGAGGAGACUAACGAGAACCUGAUGGAGAAGGAGUUUAUUCCUGCUGUGAGGAGUUUUGCACUGAAACUCAUAUUAGCAGGCCGUCUGAAGUGUUAUGAAGCUUUAUCCUCCGACCUGCAGAAGAACGCUCUAGCAGCUUUUCUGAGACUCAAAGCCGUGAGGAAGGUCAAAGUAGGAGAGCAGGAGACACUGAAGGUAAACAAGAUUGCAGUGAAUUCACUGGAAGAUACGCUGGGAGGUAAAAUUCCUACCCAGAAGCCCAUCCUCGCUCGACUGUAGUUAUAUAUGCACAUGUGGAGACUCCGGAGGGAUAAACCAGACUAAACUGCCUUCAUUAACUUAAUGCCAAAUUUUGCAAGGUGGCAUGGCUUCGCUGACUACAAGGGUUACCCGUCAUCGAUCUUUAAAGGGACGUCAUGGGUUUGCCUUCUGGGACACCCGCAUUACACUAGAAACACUCUUUUUAUCCCUCUCCCUCUCCGACAAGCUUGACAGCAGGUUGCCGUGUCUGUGAUCAGCCUUCGAUCUUCACCGUGUCUUUAUCAGACGAGGUUUAAACUGCUCUGAAGUUGCCAAGUGUAUGAAGACAGUGACACUUUAGAUGUGUUUUUUUUUCUUCAUAUUUGAACGUCCUUGUUAGCAACAUUUGUGUUUUUUUUAAUCUGUGUCUGCACUAAAGAGCCCUGGCUUUGAUUUGAAACACGGUUACUGUUUGUUUUCACUGGAUUUGUGUUGGGCCUGUUAUCUUUUCUUCAUGACUCGUCUGAUUUUCUUUUGCUCACUAGAUAUGGCUGUCUGUUGCGUUUUAGGGAACAUGUAACAAAAAUAGGUCACUCAAAAGUUGUGCUGACUCCAUUUUUAUCUGCUCUUAUAAAAGAAACAUAGAUAAAAGAAAAAAAAUGCUGUAAAUUUACUCGGGUCAUCAAAGAUGUAGAUAAGUUUGUUUCUUCAUCAAAACAUAUUUGGAGAAAUGUAGCAUUGCAUCACUUGCUCACCAAUGGAUGCUCUGCAGUGAAUGGGUGCCGUCGAAAUAAGAGUCCAAACAGCUGAUAAAAGAACAUCACAAUAAUCCACAAGUAAUUCACACCACUCCAGUCCAUCAGUUAAUGUCUUAAAUCUAAAAUCUGCGUGUUUGGAAUAAAAAAGAUAUCAUUAAGAUGUUUUUAAAGGUACCAUAGUAUGCAAAAAUCACUUUAAUGAAGUGUUUGAACACAGUUGUAUGGCCACAGUGUGAGAAAAAAAACUGCCUAUAAUUGUAAAAAUCCACCCACUCAUUGUUUUAUAAUCCCAAUCAUUUCUAAACAGUCUCUCCACACACUAGCAGUUCCAGGUUUCUCACAUACUAUGAUGACAGAGUCAGUGAAAGCCCCGCCAAUUUGUGACGCUGUAUGCCCUAUUAUGAUAUACACAGCCCUGAGUGAGAAGCUGCGGUCCGCCAUUACUGUUCUCUUGCUGUAGCUGCUGAAGGUACAAUAUCAGCACCAAAGAGCCAUUAAAAGUGUCGUGUGUUGGGAUGCACCAACAAACAUAUUAUUCUCCAUAGAUCGCUGAGGACACAGUGGUUACAUUUCAUUUUCAUAGGUAAUUUCCCGUAAACAAAAUUGAAAGUCCUAUACUUUGUGCUAAUCAUUUUUACUCCGGACUGCCUCACAAACGAGGGUCAGUUCAGCGCUGUAGUUGUGCAAAGAUUGUUUCUGAAAGAGGGAUCGAUACCAACACUUUGUGCGCAAACGUCCAGACUACAGACAAAGUAAGCAUCACACAUUAUAGUUGUUUUCCAAAAGAUCUUCUUGGCUCUCUGUAAGGCUAACGUUGCUAAAGCUACCAUUGUUUCUGCCUGUUUUCACUAAUGCUGCCUUCACGUGCUACCAGAAUGAUCGUGAAUACGAAUACGGUAGUUAAAAAUUGCAUUUGGAAGCAAUAUGAAGUCAUUAACACGGCCCCCGCCAGUUAAACCGUAACACAGGUAUGCAUUGCCUGCAGUAUGUGCUCUUGAAGCUCUGCAGGGGAGCAGCAACUCAUUUUCAUUUAAAGGGGACGUACACAUAAAACAGGCUCAUACCCUAAAAGUGGCGAUUUCAACAAGCUAUAAAAAAUUAUGUGGGGUGUUUUGAGAUAAAACUUCACAUACACACUCUGAGGACAUCAGAGAACAAUUUAAAAUAUUGUAUCAAUUCAUUAUAUGGCACCUUUAACUUCAAACCAUUGCUUCCAGCUAAAAUAGGAGUCCUUUAUCCAUAACAUUGUUUCUCUAGUGAACCUGGACUUUGGAUUUGUGUAUUUGGAUUUGUUUCUCAUAAACCAUCAGUUUUUCACUUCACAAGAUGUUUAUUGAUGAACUGAAGUCAUGUGGCUUAUUUGUCAUUCUGACGGCACCCAUUCACUGCAGAGGAUCCAUUUGUGAGCAAGUGAUGUAAAGCUGAAUGUCUCCAAAUCUGUUGAAAAAUCAAACUCAUCUACAUCAUGGAUGUCCUGAAGGUGAGUAAAACUUCAGUUAAUUUUAAUUUUUGGGUGAACGUCUCCUUGAUUAAUUCAAAAGCUGUUCUCAUGAGACAAAUAUGGAGACUCUUUAUUGCCAUAACAGUGUUUACAUGCCUCGUAAACUGCAGCUUUUAUUUUAUGCAUCACUAUUUGGAUAUUUCACUAUUUCACUUAUUAAUAUGCUGAAAUAUUUGUAUUAUUAAAAAGGACCUGACAGAGGCAUGUGCCACAAGUGUUGAAUCUCUGUUUGCUCUGUUUAAUGUCCCAAUCAUGUUUUAUUUCAAAUCAUUAAGCCAUUUUUCAGACUUUAUCAAUUAAGAAUUAAGUUGUACUGAACCAGAUUUCAUAUUAGACAAAGUCAAGCUUUUAAAAUGAUGAAGUUGAUACUGUAUUAGUUUUGGUUUUUGAUUUUUCACACAGCAAACUAAAACUGCAGAAAAAAUAAAUAAAAAUAAAAAUGUAGAUACGUUUAUGUGUUGCACUUUUUCUAGAAAUAAAAAAAGAAUAUAAAAUUGUGA